AUGCCUUUGUCUCUUCUGCAGAGGAUCGAUGGCGCAUCACUUCUGCAGAUAGCUUUCGAGCAGAUAGUUCGACCAAUUGUAAAAAAGGAAAUUGAACAGCAGCUCAAAUAUCUCAACAAUGGAAAAUGCUAUUCUGGUGCUGCUGGCAGCUCUUCUGAACCGAGAUACUUGGAAUUACGAUUCUCAUCUAAUGUUUCGGAGACUGUAUGGACAGCAGAACCCAUACGAGGUGAAGGGAACAGCUCCAUUUUAGUAACUCUAUUUGAUGUUCAUACUGGCGAAGCUGUCAUCUCCGGACCAGAAGCUUCGGCAAAAUUGGAAAUAGUUAUCCUAAAGGGAAGCUUUGACAGAGAUGAUUGGACAGCAGAAGAGUUCAGCCAAAAUAUUAUAAAGGAAAUGAAUGAGAAAAAAAUCCUCAAGGGAAAUGUUCUUCUUGAACUAAAAGGCGGCAUAGGAACCUUGGGCGAUCUCUCGAUCUUGCAUGAUCAGAAUGGAAGCCGGUUAGUAAGCUAAGGCUUGGAGCAAGAUUCGUGGAUACUUUUCAAAAUAUCAGAGUAAAGGAAGCAAAGACAAACACUUUCACUAUGAAAGACAAAAGGAUGAAAGAAAAUAGGAAGGGUGUAGAAGUAUUAUCUCUUAUGGAUAAUGUAUGGUGCCUAAAAAACAUUGGACAACGUGGACCUAUUGUUGACCGUUUGACGGAAAGAGGCAUAAAAACUAUACAAGAUUUUCUGAGUCUAAAUUUUGCACGCCCUGAAGAGCUCAAGAAGAUCCUUGGGCGUGGCUGGAAUGAUGCGAAAAGGAAGGCUACUAUAGAUCAUGCUCUUAAAUGCGAGGGAAGUGCUGCACUUAAGGCAUGCUUCAUCAAUCAACUCUCUUGUCCUUUUGAU